AUGCGCCACGGGGCUGGGGAAGCUCUCCAGUGUGAGAUCUGGGCAGUUGUCCGGUCAUGGGCGUGCUUCAGCUGGGUCUUCGGCAUCACCCAUCAUUCCUCGCAGGCAGUCGUUGUGGUUCUCAUGGAAACGGGCGGGCAAAACUUGGUGUGCAGGCUGGAACGGAACUCAUCGAUCACCUCCGCCGGAUCAUCCAUCGCCCCUCGCACCGCCUCAUCAACCUCUCUCGUCCAGCUGUCCAGCGCACCCACGCCCGACGGCCUGUCGACACUCAAGACCCUUGCCGAAGAUGGCGACUCCCAGGACCCAAGCACGCUCUGUGCACUGACCACGAUCGCCAACAAGCUGCCCUACCUGGCCGAAUCCCAGCAGGAGCCCAUCCGCCGCACGCUCGAGCUCAUCAACCUGAGCACCAACACCCCCGCCGCCGCCGCCGUCCAGCCCAGCCCACUCCUCCUCGCACACUCCUGGACCCUCUUCUUCUCCGACACCUCCGGCUCCAAGUCCUCCGUCCGGGGCCACCACCACUCCCACUCCCAACGGGACCACACCUCGCUCCUCAAGGCGGCCGAGUACCAGUCCGGGAUGGCCCAGGUCUUCACCGGGAUCGGCGACGUCGAGAGCCUCUGCGCCUGUCUGGCCGGCUUCAAACACACCAUCGCCGAGGGCAUCCGCAAAGGUAACCUCAUCGGCCCCCCGCCUACGCCCCAUCAAGCCGGCGCUUCCUCCCCUAGCUUCCGCAGAAGCUUCGCCGCCGCUGAGCUCCCCGGAUCUGCUGAGCCUGCUGGCCCGCUCGAAGACUCCGUCGUCGUGCCCGGCAACGGAUUGGGAUUGAUCGCCAUGAAGCCGGGCCACAACCUCCACUUCUUCCGAGUCGGGGUGAAUCCAGUCUGGGAAGACCCGUGGAACGCCAAAGGAGGUCGACUGACGAUCCAGCCUCCACUAUCGGCCCUGGACCCGACAUUCGAGUCGAUCGUGCUACUUAUUGCCGGUGGAGUGCUAGAGACCGAUGCGAACCGGAAGCUGAGCGGGAACCAAGGCCAGCUGGACAGCAGCAAACUCAAGCAAGGCGGCCGGGUCGUCGGCGUCGUCGGCUCCCGGCGACGGAACGGCGACCGCAUCGAGAUCUGGCUCGCCGGUCCCUCCAUCGGCUCCCCUCCCACUGAGGAGUGGAUCCGCAAUAUCCAGAACGUCCUCGCUACUGAAAUCGGCUCGCCUGAUAUCCGAUCCGCUAGGUACAAGAAACAUCUCUAG